AUGACCUCUGGAGUUCAAUUGCCACCCACCAUAAAAGAAAUAAUUCCUUCUGGUUCUCGAAGAUAUGAAGAUAGGCACGCAGGGCAAGCCAAGAGGAGAAUAAUACCAAUAGGCCCCCUUGAUGUUAAAGAAGGAGAUAAUAUCGCGGCACAGCCUCUUGGCCCAGUUCCAUAUGGAUGGGUGGAGCUCACGCAUGUGAUUGAAGGAAAGCCGUUCUUCUACAACCCUCGAACAAGAGUUAUUACAGAUGCCUACAUACGGAUGCCCGACAUACUCUCCCGAGUAGAAACUUAUUAUGGCCAAAUAAAUCGAGUUAUUGAGUCUCUUGACCUUGACAGUAUUGAGCUUGAGCUCAGUACAAUGGAUAUAUACAUCGAUCCGAUAUGUGAUCCUGAGACAGGACACAAGGUUGGCACGUAUUAUCUUGUCGAUCACUAUCGGCAGAGUAUUGCAUUUUUACGCCAAGUGAACACUGGGGAUGUUGGCCUUCCUGAUGUUCGGAGCAAUAUCCAUUUAGAAAGAGUGCUUAAAAGUGAAUAUUGGACUCAUUGCGAGUACAUGCCCAGGCCCGAUGUAGACCAUACUUCGAGCGCAAGAAAGCUACAAGGUCAAUUGGCGUCAUUGAUGAUAGAUCAUAUUUCUUCCGAGGGAUCAACAUCUCCCUUCACUCCCGAAGAGUGUGAACAUUACCUUAAGGGAGUAAACCCAGAAAACAAUGAGCCACAGUUCCUGAACUGGUCGGUUGCGCGAGUCAAUUCACUACUAAUUCAAAGUCAAAUAAUUAAUCUCCACGGGGAGCGAUGCGCCCGGGCUGAUCGAAUGAUGGUUGUUACGGGUCAACGCCCACCUACCCGAACCGCUCGUUACCUGCAACUUUCGAAGCUCAUGUUUGACUGCCCGGUUACUCAUCUAAACCGGCUGGAACAGGCGUGGACGGACCGAAUUAUUUAUAGCCAUCAUUGGAAAAAGCUUUUAGGUGAACUUAAUGAAGAGUGGGUUGCCGCUGCCGGAACUGCUGGUUUGGUUUGGAUUGCCAAUAUGAUAUUGUUCACCUCCUCGUCAUCCGUUCUCGUCCUACUGUUGCUAGGUGUAUCAACUGUUUCUACGGUUUAUGGAGUGGCCAAAUCGCUACUUCUCAUUAGAAAGCACCGUUCAAUCGGACAGUAUGCGGUACAUGCUUCUCAGUACCUCCAGGCAAACGAGAAAUAUGGUACGGGUCUGCAAGACUUAUCUAUCGAGUAUAGCUGUCCCUGGGUGUGUGCACUCUGGGCAGGGGCACUGACAUCGGUCGGCGUACUCUGUACGAUACUCGGUCAAAUACUAGGCUCUGUUUUGGGGCUGGUUCAGUCUGUCGGAUUCGUACCAUCCUAUUUUUUGAGUACUGGUAUGCUCAUGGACCAAGUAGCGGGGAGUCCUCAUAUCAUCGGGCUUAGUCUUUUUCAAAGGGACCCCCGCCACGUCCCAGCAUAUUGGGCUGGUGCCAUGCAUUCCGGACCGGAACGACACAAAUAUCGCAUCCAAGGAUGGGUACAAUUGUAA